AUGUAUUCAGUGAAACGAAAACAAAGUUUCGAUGAUCGUUCGAACAAGGAAACAAACAAAUUACAAUGUAAAUUUGAUCAGAAAAUAACAUCUAUUGAAAAUUUAUCUAUUGAAAUGUUUUAUGAAAUAUUUGAUUAUCUUAAUGGUUAUGAAAUUUAUCAAGCAUUUUCAAAUCUUAAUCAUUAUUUUCAACAAUUAAUUAAUUCUUCAUCACUUCUAUUAAAAUUUAAAAUUAAUUCACCAUCUGCUGAAUUAUAUAAACAACUUACACUGAUAAAUAAACAUAAAAUACUUUCAUUUAAUAUACGAUUAACAUACAAAAGUAGUGAAUUAUUUACAUCAUAUCUUAUUGAUUCAUCAUUAGAUCAUCUCGAAUCUCUUGUACUUAUAGAAUUCAAAACAACCAUACUUAUUUCACUUCUUAUGAAGUUAACUUGUCUACCUCGUCUUUUUUCAUUAACAAUCCGUACGUUUGAUACAUGGUAUGAAUUAAGUGAAAUCUAUUAUUUAAUUUUUGCUUUACCAAAAUUAAUAUAUAUUAAAUGUUCACCAAGCGAAGUUGGCGGAGCUAUAUCACUACCAAUUGCUACUAAUCAAAAAUCCAGUACGAUCGAAUAUAUUGUUAUUGAUCAUUUCUGUACAUUACCUGAACUUUGUGCUAUCUUGUCUCAUAUACCUCAACUUCGUUAUUGUCAUUUUAGAGAAGUAUAUGAUGCUGAUCCGAUGAAUAUUGAUACUACAAUACAAAUUAAACUGUUUAAUGUAAUAUGUAUUUCUAUGAAAGAUUGUGAAAUUAAAUUUGAUACAUUUGAACAAUUAAUUAGAGAAAUAGAAUGUCCAUUGCAAGUGUUACAUAUUACUAAUACAUAUGAUGAAAACAAUUAUCUUGAUGCUAAUCGAUGGAAAAUAUUGAUAUUAAAUUAUUUACCUCAUUUAAAAGAAUUUUCUCUAACAUAUAAUACAGAUAUUGGAAAUAAGUCUGUAAUUCAAUUAGAUUUCGAACGUGUCAAAUCAUUUACUUCAUUGUUCUGGAUUGAACGAAAAUUAAUAUUAGGAAUAAAAAUAUCUCGUUAUCAUAUUAUUUAUUCAAUUCAUCCAUUCAAGAAAAGAUGGUAUAAUAUCAAUUCUUUUAUAGACUUUUCUAAAUGUACACAACUUACUAUGACAUAUGUUCCUGAUGAUGAACACAUGGAAUUCUUUAUGAAUUCGAUUUGUACUGUUUUAUCAAUAGUAAAGAUUUAUCAUUUGGAAUUUUCUAAACGAACAAUUAUAUCAAGUUCAUUAAUGAAAAUUCUUACUGUAUUAUCUGAACUUGAUUCAUUGAAAAUAACUUCUUUAUCAAUAUCACAAACUCGAUAUUCAUUUAUUGAUGAUCAAAAUUUUCGUUUAGUAUCAUAUCACAAUAAGAUUACAAAAGUUUAUCUUGAAAAUGUAAAGAAAAGUGAAGAAGUUUAUUUUCUUCUUAAACUUUGUCUUCGUAUGAAAUAUCUUAAAGUUAAUUUUAUUUAUAAUGUUGAUUAUAAAUUAUUCUUCAGAAAUUUUUUAAGAACAAUAACUAUUAAUCGUCAUCAAUAUCUUCAAUCAUUAUAUUUUCAAGGACUAAAAACAGAUUUUCAAAUAAUUAAUGAAUUAAAAGAAAUGAUCAAUCGUGAAAAAUUACUUCGUCAAUUUACAAUUAAUCGUGUACUUAAUUAUAUCCAUUUAGAAUGGAACUUAAUAUAA